GGCGGAUGAAGCGUAUUCCAUUGGCCCUGCUCCGUCUCAGCAGAGCUACCUUGCAAUGGAAAAGAUCAUUCAAGUGGCCAAGAGCUCUGCAGCACAGGCCAUCCAUCCAGGAUAAGGGUUUCUUUCAGAAAACAUGGAAUUUGCUGAACUCUGUAAGCAAGAGGGCAUUAUUUUUAUAGGUCCUCCUUCAUCUGCAAUUAGAGAUAUGGGAAUAAAGAGCACAUCCAAGUCCAUCAUGGCGGCUGCUGGAGUUCCUGUUGUGGAAGGUUACCAUGGCGAGGAUCAAUCUGACCAGUGCCUGAAAGAGCAUGCUGGGAAAAUCGGGUACCCUGUUAUGAUCAAAGCCGUCCGUGGUGGAGGAGGAAAAGGCAUGAGGAUCAUUAGAUCAGAAAAAGAAUUCCAAGAACAGUUAGAAUCAGCCAGGAGAGAAGCUAAGAAGUCGUUCAAUGAUGAUGCUAUGCUAAUCGAGAAGUUCGUGGACACACCAAGGCACGUGGAAGUCCAAGUGUUUGGUGAUCACCAUGGCAACGCAGUGUACUUGUUCGAAAGAGACUGCAGUGUGCAGCGGCGCCAUCAGAAGAUCAUUGAGGAGGCCCCAGCGCCUGGUAUUAAUCCUGAUGUAAGAAGAAGGCUGGGAGAGGCUGCAGUCAGGGCUGCUCAAGCUGUCAAGUACGUGGGAGCAGGAACUGUGGAAUUCAUUAUGGAUGCAGAGCACAAUUUUUAUUUCAUGGAGAUGAACACAAGGCUGCAAGUGGAGCAUCCUGUCACCGAAAUGAUCACCGGAACUGACUUGGUGGAGUGGCAGUUCAGGAUUGCCGCAGGAGAGAAGAUCCCCCUGAGCCAGGAAGAAAUCCCUCUGCGGGGCCAUGCCUUUGAGGCUAGAAUAUAUGCAGAGGACCCUGACAAUAACUUCAUGCCAGGGGCCGGACCGCUGGUUCACCUCUCCACCCCUCAGGCAGACAUGUCUACGAGGAUUGAAACUGGAGUACGGCAAGGAGAUGAGGUCUCCGUGCAUUAUGACCCCAUGAUCGCAAAGCUCGUGGUAUGGGCUGAAGAUCGCCCUUCGGCCCUGUCGAAACUGAGGUACAGCCUUCAUCAGUACAACAUUGUUGGCUUGCGCACCAAUGUGGACUUCCUGCUCCGGCUGUCUGGCCACCCAGAGUUCGAAGCUGGAAAUGUGCACACUGACUUCAUCCCUCAGCACCACAAGACACUGCUACCCACUCACAGCGUCAUAGCCAACGAGGCUGUGUGCCAGGCAGCUCUGGGGCUCAUCCUCAAAGAGAAAGCUAUGACCAGCGCUUUCAAACUGCACACCCAAGAUCAAUUCUCUCCGUUUUCAUUCAGCAGUGGGAGAAGACUGAAUAUCUCUUACACCAGAAACAUGACUCUGAGAGCUGGUAAAACUGAUACAGUCAUAGCUGUGACGUAUAACCGUGAUGGGUCAUAUGACAUGCAGAUUGGAGAUCAGACCUUCCGAGUCCUUGGUGAUCUUUGCAGUGAGGGAGGCUGCACCUACUUGAAGUCUUCUAUUAACGGAGUAGCCAGUAAAUCCAAGUUUAUCAUCCUGGACAACACCAUCUAUUUCUUUUCCAUGGAAGGCAGCAUUGAAAUUGGCAUUCCAGUACCCAAGUACUUGUCUUCAGUGAGCUCAGAAGGAACUCAGGGAGGUGCCAUCGCUCCUAUGACCGGAACCAUUGAAAAGGUGUUCGUGAAAGCUGGAGACAGAGUGAAAGCCGGAGACUCUCUGAUGGUUAUGAUCGCCAUGAAGAUGGAGCACACCAUAAAAGCUCCAAAGGACGGCAAGAUAAGAAAGGUGUUCUUCAAAGAAGGGGCCCAGGCCAACAGACAUGCACCGUUAGUGGAGUUCGUGGAGGAGGAAUCAGACUAAGGCACGCCAUAAUGAACUGUGUCCAUCACAGAGAGCCGGCUGCACAGCGUCUUAGCUGCCUGGAUACAGCAAGUGCCUCUUCAAUCUAAAUCCCGGAAAGAGGAGCUUUAUUAAAUAAGAUGAUGGGAUUGGAUGAAAGCCCUUUCAUACUCACAAGUUAUCUCAAAAGGUUUCUUAGGAGCCGGGCAGUGGUGGCACAUGCCUUUAAUCCCAGCACUCGGGAGGCAGAGGCAGGUGGAUCUCUGUGAGUUUGAGACCAGCCUGGUCUACAGAGCUAGUUCCAGGACAGGCUCCAAAGCCACAGAGAAACCCUGUCUCAAAAAACCAAAAAGAAAAAAAGAAAAAAAAUCAAAAGGUUUCUUAGAAAUAAAACUGAGCUGUAUUUUUUUUU